AUGCUAAAUAAACCCCAUAAAAUUGGUAUAAAAUUUUGGUUGGCGUCUGAUGUAGGGACAAAAUAUGUAGUAAAUGGCUUUCCGUAUUUAGGUAAAGACGAGAAUAGAAACAGAUUAACUCCUCUAAGCGAAUAUGUCGUAAUGAAACUUCUUAAACCGUAUACUAUGACGGGUAGAACUGUAACAACUGACAAUUUUUUUACAAGUUAUUCCUUGGUGUUAAAAUUAAAAUCUAGAAAUACUUCUUUGGUUGGAACAAUACGUUCAAAUAAGAAGUAA